AAUAUUUACAUUACACUGGGUUAUUCCGUAUGUAGCUAUUAAGACAAAAUACAUUUAAAAAAUAUUGUUAUUGAAAUCUCUCUGGCACUGCGGUCAACACACAUGUUUGUGCAACUCACGCCGUAGCGGAACUAGUGGUCGCGCUGCUUGUUUCCCCCCGGAAGAAUUUGAUCGAAAUCGCACCGCACACAGGCUGAUGCAAGUGUGAAGAUGACAGACAGGACAGAAGCCAUGAGUCCGCUGGAGCUAUAUGAGAGCCUGAUGGCACAAGGAGACAAAGUCAGAGCCUUGAAAACAGCCAAGGCUGACAAAACAGAAAUUGAUGCUGCUGUCCAGCUGCUACUGAAGCUGAAAGUGGACUACAAACAGGUGACAGGCCAGGACUACAAAGCUGGAAGUCCUCCCUCAGAGAGCUCUGUCGUUCAUGACAACGGGCCAGCAGCAGACGGCGCCGAUGAUGAAGAUACAGUCGACCCGUGGAACGUGUCCACCACCAACGCCAAGGGAGUUGAUUAUGACAAACUCAUAGUGAGGUUUGGCAGCAGUAAAAUUGACAAGGAGCUGGUGGACAGAAUAGAAAAAGUCGCUGGGCAGAAACCCCACCGUUUCCUCCGAAGAGGAAUCUUCUUCUCCCACAGAGAUAUGCAUCAGGUGCUGGAUGCCUAUGAGAAAAACAAGUCCUUCUACCUCUACACUGGCAGAGGGCCAUCAUCUGAGGCCAUGCAUGUCGGACACCUCAUCCCUUUCAUCUUCACCAAAUGGCUGCAGGAUGUGUUCGACAUCCCGCUAGUGAUCCAGAUGACGGAUGAUGAGAAGUACCUGUGGAAGGACCUGACGCUAGAGGACUGUCACCGCUUUGCAGUGGAAAACGCCAAAGAUAUCAUCGCUUGCGGUUUUGAUGUCAACAAGACCUUCAUCUUCUCUGACCUCGACUACAUGGGUUCAUCUCGUGAAUUCUACACCAAUGUGGUAAAGAUUCAAAAGCAUGUGACUUUCAACCAGGUCAAAGGCAUCUUUGGCUUUACAGACAGUGACUGCAUUGGAAAAAUCAGCUUCCCAGCCAUCCAGGCUGCCCCGUCCUUCAGCAACUCUUUCCCUCAGAUUUUUGGAGGCAGAAAGGAUAUUCCCUGUCUUAUCCCCUGUGCUAUAGACCAGGACCCCUACUUCAGGAUGACCCGUGAUGUGGCUCCCAGAAUCGGCUACCCAAAGCCGGCUCUGCUGCACUCCACCUUCUUUCCCGCCCUGCAGGGGGCACAGACCAAAAUGAGCGCCAGCGACCCCAACUCCUCCAUCUUCCUCACUGACACACCCAAGCAGAUCAAAAACAAAGUGAACAAACAUGCAUUCUCAGGAGGGAAGGACACAGUGGACGAGCACAGGAAAUAUGGCGGUAACCCGGAUGUAGAUGUCUCCUUCAUGUACCUGACCUUCUUCCUAGAGGACGACGAACAGCUGGAGAAGAUCAGACAGGACUACACCAGUGGAGCUCUGCUCACGGGAGAACUGAAGAAGCUUUUGAUCGAAACUCUGCAGCCAAUGAUCGCCGAGCAUCAAGAGAGACGCAAACAAGUCACAGAUGAAAUGGUCAAACAAUUCAUGACACCCAGGCCCUUAAAUUUCAACUGCUAGCCUGCUUGAACAAUUUGAGAUAUAAAGGUCCAUCACCGGAUUAAUCUCAAUGCCAGUAUAAAUACAGCUUUUUCCAUCAAAAAUCACUGUUGUUUCAAUAUGUACUGGAUGGACGCUCUCAUUAACAAUACAGUUCACAUCAGGACUAAAGAAAAAAAUGAAAUAUAAAAUAUUGAAGCAAUGAUGUGCGCCUCCGUCUCAAAUACAGCAUGGCAUCGCUCACACCGUCAUGCUACCUGUCACCGGGAAGACUUAUUAACUUAUGUGUCAAGCUGCGAUUAAUGUACAUGUUUGUUUCCAUGAAAUGUUGGUCUUUGCAGGGCCUGCUCCAUGUUUACAUGAGCCCUACUCCUCAGCCUGAAAUUAGCCCAGGAUUAAAUGAAGAUUUAAAUGUAUAUUGCAGAAUCUGUAUAAUAACUGACACAUCAACGCAUCUGCUUCGAAACCUGGGUUGAGAAGGGAAUCUUAGAUCUAUUUGGGUCGUAGAUUUGAGAUGAAUAUAACAACUGUUACCAUGUGAUUGCACAGCUUUGUUAUUCAAAAAUUAAAAAUGUACCUA